AAUUUCUACAACCCUUAUCUAUUUACCCUUUAAAUUUACGUUCUUUACUGUUAUUUCAAGCAAAUUUAUGCAAAUCAUAAACUUUUUUUUUUUUAAUAGCAUGUACUAUCAUUGAGCCGUUUAGGCGAGAUAGACUGAAAUUCUAGUUUGGGACUGGGGAAUCUUGUUGAGUUGUUGUAUCUGAUGAUAGUGUGUAAGAAUGGCUUUGAAUUUGGAGGCUGUACAAGCAACUCCACGAAAACGUGAUCCAGCUUGGAAGCAUUGCCAAAUUUAUAAGAACGGGGAUAAUGUUCAUCUCAGGUGCAUAUACUGUGGGAAGAUAUUUAGUGGGGGUGGGAUUCAUAGGGUUAAAGAACAUCUGGCUGGUCAGAAGGGUAAUGGCUCAACUUGUACCCUAGUUGAGCCUGAUAUUCGGCUUGAAAUGCAAGAGUGCUUGAGUGCAGUGGUGAGGAGUAAGAAGCACAAACAUGGUGAGGAGUUAGAUACAGUUGAUCCCAGUACUAGUGAAAUUGGGAAUGACCAAUGUGGAUUGAAUACAGAAAUUGAAUUGUCUCCUAUGUGUUCUCAAAAGCGUGAUCCGGCUUGGAAGCAUUGUCAGGUGUGUAAAGAUGGGGAUAAGGUUUAUCUCGAGUGUAUAUAUUGUGGGAAGGUAUUUAAAGGAGGUGGGAUUUACAGGGUUAAAGAACAUUUGGCUGGUCAGAAGGGUAAUGGCUCGACUUGUUUGAGAGUUCAGCCUGAUGUUCGGCUUGCAAUGCAAGAGUACUUGAAUGCGGGACUAAUGAAGAGUAAGAAGCAUAAACAUACUGAGGAGAUAAACACUGGUGAAAUUGGUGUUUUGAGUGACCAAUGUGGAUUGAACACAGAAGCUGAAUGGUCUUCAGUAAGUCCACAAAAACGCGAUCCAGCUUGGAAGCAUUGUCAAAUGUAUAAAGAUGGGGAUAAGGUUUAUCUCAAGUGUAUAUACUGUGGGAAGGUAUUUAAAGGAGGUGGGAUUUACAGGGUUAAAGAACAUUUGGCUGGUCAGAAGGGUAACGGUUCAACUUGUUUGAGAGUUCAGCCUGAUGUUCGGGCUUCAAUGUUAGAGAGGCUGAAUGAAGUUGUAAUGAAGAGUAAGAAGCGAAAACUUGCUGACAAGAUGAAUACUGAUGAUGCCAGUACUAGUGGAGUUGCUGCUUUAAGCGAUCAAUGUUGGUUGAACGUGGAAGUGGAAUCACUUCAAGUGCCAGAUAUGCUUGAACAGAAUGGCAGUAUGUUUGUUAGUCAAGAAGAAGGAAAGAACAGUAAGCUGCCAGGUAGGAAGACGGGGAACAUUAGGAAUGUGUCUCCGUCUGGAGAUGCUACUCUGUUGGCUCGACCUAUUAACCAGGCCGUGAAUUCAAAAAGGAUAAACAAUGAAGUUCAUAUGGCAAUAGCUUGGUUCCUGCUUGACGCUGGGGUGCCCUUUGAGGCUGUAAAUUCGGCUUAUUUCCAACCUAUGAUUGAUGCAAUUGCUUCCCAAGGAAUCGGGGUUGCUGGCCCCUCUUACCAUGAACUGAGAAGCUGGAUUUUAAACAAUUCAGUUCAAGAGCUCAAGAAUGAAAUUGGCCAAUGCACAGGCACAUGGGCGACAACUGGCUGUUCUGUUUUCGUUGAUGAGUGGGAAACCGAGAAGGGCAAAUCAUUUAUAAACUUCUCAGUUUACUGUCCGGAAAGGACAAUCUUCUUGAGAUCUGUGGACGUAUCUAACAUCAUCAACUCUGAUGGUGCUCUUUUUCAAUUGCUUAAGGAGGUAGUGGAAGAAGUCGGUGUUACAAACUUAUUGCAGGUAGUUACCGGCUGUGAAGAUAGAUAUGUCGAUGCUGGUAAAAGACUUACCGAUGCUUACCCUACAAUUUUCUGGACUCCUUGUGCUGCACAGUGCAUAGAUUUGAUGCUCGAGGAUAUCAAAAGGCUUGAAUGGGUAAAUGUAGUACUUGAACAAGCCAAAGCUAUAUCAAUCUUUAUCUACAAUCAUAGUUUUGUUUUAAAUAUGAUGAGGCGGUACACUUUAGGAGUUGAUUUAGUUGACUUGGGGGCUACUCGCUCUGCAACUGAUUUUUUGACGAUAAAAAGAAUGGUAAAUAUGAAACACAAUUUGCAGUCAAUGGUUACUUCAGAGGAAUGGAUGGAGAGCCCAUAUACAAAGAAACCAAAGGGAUCUGAGGUGCUAGAUUUUAUAAGCAAUCAGUACUUUUGGUCCAGUUGCACCUUGAUUACCCGCUUGACAGACCCCCUCUUGCGACUCUUGAGGAUAGUUGGUAGUGCAAAGAAGCCGGCUAUGGGGUAUGUUUAUGCAGGUCUUUACCGAGCAAAAGAAACUAUUAAGAAAGAACUUAUUGACAAGGAGUACUCAGAGUACUGGAAUAUUAUAGACCACAGGUGGAGACAUCUUCGGCACCAUCCUCUUCACGCUUCAGGCUUUUACCUCAAUCCCAGGUUCUUCUAUAGCACCGAGGAGGAUGUGCAACAUCGUAUUAGGUCACUAGUAUAUGAUUGUGUAGAGAAAUUGGUUCCCGAUCCAAAUGUUCAGGACAAAAUUGUUAUAGAGACUACUGCUUACCAAAAAGCCGCUGGAGAGUUUGGACGGGAUAUGGCAAUUCGUGCUAGAGAGACUCUACUUCCUGGUGAGUGGUGGUCAGCAUUCGGUGGAGGCUGCCCGAAUUUGGCUCAGUUUGCCAUCCGAAUUCUCAGUCAGACGUGUAGUUUGAUAAGCGGGAAGCCAAGCAGAGAUCUUUCUGAGUGGAUAAACAGAACAACGAACUGCUUAGAGCAUCGAAGGCUCAACGAUCUUGUUCUUGUACAGUCCAAUUUACGCCUGAGGGGAGAAAUGAACAGAGCACAGAGUCAUAUGGAUCCCAUUGCAUAUGAAAACAUAGCACUUGCAGGAGACUGGGUUUCAGGGAGGGAGCUAUUCCCAGGGGAAUUGGGGUGUACAGAUUGGACCGUGGUCGAUCCGCCAUUGGGCAACGGGGUGCUCUCGGGGCCAGAAAUCGAUGACGCUGAAGCAUUGGGCUCAGGGUUUAAGGAUCAUGAAGUUCUGGAUUUUUGAUGGGGUGAAAGAUUGUGAAGAAGAUUUGCUUCCAGCGACAAGGGGUUCGUUCCCAGCCACGAAUAUUAGAAGUUUGGGUUUGACAUUAGUUAUUUGUGCGUAGAAGUGUACAUUAUUGACUUGAUUUACCUUCUCAUAGGGUUCAAGAUAUAGUUUGACGAAGCCGAGAAAUUAAAAAAUAAAAUAAUAAAAAAUGUAUAGUGGGUUUACCCAUACCAUUUUUGUAUAGAGUAUUAUUAGAUGCAUAAAAAGCAUAUUAUAUAGUAUGAACUCGUUUUAUAUUGUAAAAUUUUCAAGUCGAGACAAUUUGAAAUGUAAAGUUAUUCUUAUGGUUAA